AUGGACCGCAUCAAGUCCCUCGCCCUCGACGAGCUCAGGACCAUGCGCAUCCUCGUCCAAGACGGCCUCCGCUCAGGCGCCUACCUCUACCCAUUCAAGGUACCAGCACCCCCCAAAUCAGGCAUCAUCUACCUUCUCACCCACCACUCCCUCUGGAAACCCUUCCUCUCCAAACUCGCCCCAACCCUCACCCUCUCCAUCGCCGUCACCACCUCCAUGUUCUUCCUCACCUACAUCCCCCAAACCGCCCUGCUCGCCUUCACCUCCGGGCCCCUCGCCCCCUUCUCCGCCGCCAUCCUCGUCCUCAGCGAAAGCUCCUCCAUCAUCAACUUCUUCGCCCGCUCGUGGAUCCUGCGCGACUCCCUCACCGACACGUUUGACGGCACACUGCUGUCGCGCGGGGAGACGGCGCUCGUGGCGCGUGGUAGGGAGCUGGAUGGGUCUGGCGCGGCGGGGGAUCCGAUUGCGAGGCUGGGGAGGGUGGCCAGGAGGCGGUUGGGUGGCGGGGAAGGGGGGGGCAUUGUGUCGGCGUGGGUGCGCUCGUUGGUGUAUUUGCCGCUGAAUCUUGUGCCGGUGGUGGGGAGCUUGAUGUACCUCGCUGCGCAGGGAAGGAGGAUUGGGAAUGUUGCGCAUUUGAGGUACUUUGAGCUCAAAGGAUGGCGUCCGGAGGAGAAGGAGGAGUGGCUCCGGAAGAAUCGAGCGGCGUAUGCAAGCUUCGGGGCUGCUGCAUUUAUCCUUGAGAUCGUCCCCUUUGCCUCGCUCGCACUGGCAUAUACAAAUACUGUUGGCGCGGCAUUGUGGGCAUCAAAUCUCGAGAAGACAAUGUCAACUGCCGCCACCGUGGGUCAACAAGCAAAGAAGACCGAGUAA